AGAAACCACGUAAAGGAACCACCACAUCAUUACGCGAGGGUUUCGCCAGCUUCACGAGUUAGGUGUCUGAAUCAGCCGCAAAAAUCAGUACCCAGCCCGUUGCGUUUAUCCGCUGUAAGGGCGGCAAGAUGUCCACAGAAGAUGCAAAGGCAUAUCUGUCUAGCAGGGAAGUGCCACGUCUCUUUGAGUGUCUUAUGACGGGACUGAUGUUCCACAGGCCAAAUGACCACAUCCAGUAUCUAAUAGAUAGCUUAGAGAAGGUUAAGACCAAAGGUCAAGCAGAGCUAACAUGGAACAUGUUUGUGGAAGUCAAGUCAGCCAAAAAACCAUUACCUCCAAUCACACCUGUCAACGGGAAAAGGCCAACCUCAAGAGGAGUCGUCAAAGACAACAAAGUGGAAGUCAAGCCAUCACUUUCACCUCUUCCUCCAAUAGGCCCCAAUGGACUACCCGAUGUACCAAUUAUUUUUAUCAUGGGUGGGCCAGGUAGUGGUAAGUCAGUUCAGACAGAACUCCUUGUAGAUAAGCACAAGGGCUGGGUCAAUAUUAACCUUGGACAGCUUUUCAAAGAGGAGAUAAAACACAAGGGGGCUGAAGAGAACUGGAGGACAGUCAAAGAGUUGGUCACAAGAGGUGACCUGGCACCUGAGGAUGUGACUCUAAACCUCUUGCACAACAGCUUGAAGAAUAAUACUAGAGCAAAAGGUUUCAUUGUCCAGGGGUUCCCUAGAGAUAUGGAUCAAGCGCAGAAAUUUGAAAAAACUAUCAGUAGAGUGGAUGCUGUAUUUUUAUUGGACUGUGAAGAGGAGGAGCUGCUUAAAAAAGUCCAGGACAGUGGGAGUGAAGUCUCAACCAAUGUGUAUUUGAAAAGAUUGUCAACUUAUAAGGAAAAGACAUUGCCUGUUCUCAAAUAUUAUGAUGAUGCAGGAAAAUUGUACAUCGUUGAUGGAGGUCAAGAUGUUGAUUCUGUCCAAGAAGAACUCAACUUUAUUUUUGAUUCUUUAUUGAACAGCCUUGAAAAUGGCAGAGUUCCUUCACCACCCAAAGGCCCAAGACCAGCUUCCACUAGGUGGAACAAAAAAGCAGUAACUCCACCACUUGAAAGCUCCGCUCCGCCUCUCACUCCACUGCCACCAAGUGAACCAGCUGUUACAAUAAAUUUGCCUGUUAUAACAUACAUUCCACCUCCAGAGAUCAAGGUCAAAGAUGAAGGUCGCAAAGACAACCUGCCUCAAGCACCUUUAAUAUUUUUGGCAGGAGGCCCAGGCAGUGGCAAGGGAACACAGUGUGCUAAAAUCAUUGCCAGAUAUCCAGAUAUUGUGCACCUGUCUAUGGGAGAUAUCCUACGUAAAGAGAUUUCAGAAAGAGGCUCCACUGAUGAGAAAUGGGCAAUGGUUACCACAUUACUGAGAGACGGAGACAUGGCACCAGUUGAUGUUACAGAAGAGUUGCUGAUCCAGUCCAUGCAGGAUCACCCUGAUGCCAGAGCCUUUUUGGUCGAAGGCUACCCAAGAGAUGCUCUACAGUAUGAGGAUUUCAACAGGAAUAUUGGCGGCCAUUUGUUCACUAUUCUCCUUGACUGUGAGGACAAGUACCUGCAUGAUCGCCUGGUGCUGCGAGGUGCAGGAGGCACUGAGAGAAUAGAUGACAAUGUUGCUGCCAUUGAGAAAAAGCUCAACUUCUUUGCCAAACAUACACUGCCCUUGCUAAAAGCAAUUGAUGAUGAAAAGAAACUCAUUGUUAUCGAUGGUGACAGGGAUGAAGAUGAAAUCUUCUAUGACAUUGUGAAAUGUCUGGACUACAGUCUGUAUGGUGUCAAAACUAAUCAG